ACACACGUCUGAGUCAUCACGAGGGUGGAGUGGACAGUCACGCCACGCCAUAACCUUGUCUAUUUGCUGUGUUGCCGUGUGCCAUCCCAAGGGCUUGACAGUCACCACCAUGAGCAGGAGCGGCGGCGGCGGGAAGAUCUUCACGCCCACCAACCAGAUCCGCCUGACUAACAUUGCCUUGGUCAGGGUCAAGAAGGGCGGGAAGAGGUUCGAGAUCGCCUGCUACAAGAACAAAGUGCUCAGCUGGAGGCAAAAAGUGGAGAAGGACUUGGAUGAGGUGCUGCAGAGCGAGAUAGUGUUCACCAAUGUGUCCAAGGGCCAGGUGGCUAAGAAGGAGGAGCUGCUCAAAGCCUUCAAGACAGACGACCAGCGCGCGAUAUGCCUGGAGAUCUUGGAGAAGGGAGAGCUGCAGGUGUCGGACAAGGAGCGCCAUGCAAACCAGGAGGCCUCGGUGAAAGAGAUCGCCUCCAUUGUGUCAGACAAGUGCAUCAACCCUGAGACCAAGACGCCCUACACUGUGUCCAUGAUAGAGAGUGCCAUGAAAGACAUCCACUUCUCGCUCAACCCCAAACGCAACAACAAGCAACAGGCGCUGGACGUCAUCAAACAGCUGACCACGGUCAUCCCCAUCCAGCGCGCUCAGAUGAAGGUCAGGGUUAUCCUCCCGGCCAAAGAGGCAAAGAAGAUUAAAGAAAAAGUGAUACAGUACAUCACGGUGGAGUCAGAGGCCUUUGAACCCGACCUUAACAUGGUUGGCCUCAUCGACCCUGGCUACUUCCGUGUCUUGGAGGAGGCCAUUGUCGGCCCCACCAAAGGCCGAGGCUCAGUCGAGGUGUUGAGCCUCAAGGAGAUGACGGACACUGGCGAUUCAGCACUCACCUAACACUCCAGUGACCCCAGACAGCACCAGCAGCUCACAAAAGGCACUCAACUACCCAAGGAAAUUACUUGAGGCCAUCCACACAUCUUCGAGAAGGGGUCACCAACCAGACAGUCGCCCUACAUAUAUAUAGCUCCAGAGAACCAUGUAUUUACACCCUACCUUCCCCAGUUCUAUAUUCAUCUAACUGUCACAAGUUUGCUCAUCACAUAAUCUUGCUUUGUGUUCAGGGUUCUCACUGUUAAUAAUAAAUAGCAUGUUAGUUAGUUAGAGGUGUGUUCUCUCGGCAUGGGUGGUGGACUGCUGCUGGGUAUUUCUGUCUCACUAUAUUGUAACCUGCACAGAGAGGCAGGAAAUGGUCAAAGGUGUUUGGUACAUAGUAUUAAUAUUAUCACACAAAGGACAGUUAUUGUUGCCUCCAGAUCAGGUUCAGUGUGCUUAUCCUUGCCCUUAGCACCAGCACUGAUUCUUCACUGUUUUCAUACUUACUCAACUUAUUCUUUAUUAAAUUGCCUGCCUAUGGAGAGUAUUAAUAUCAAAGGUCAGUUAGUGUUUCCUCCAGAUCAGGUUCAGUGUGCUUAUCCUUGCCCUUAGCACCAGCACUGAUUCUUCACUGUUUUCAUACUUAUUCAACUUAUUCUUUAUUAAAUUGCCUGCCUGUGGAGAGUAUUAGGGUCGCAUUAUAAGACAUUUCGUCGUCCAAAACCACAUAUUUGACAAGGCUUUCGUAGGAGUUUUAAGCAUUUCCAGUAGUAGUUUUAUGGCCCUGGUGGUAGUUUGACCCUUCCUCUGUACCAUGAACCUGAAGAAUCACUCUUUAUAACCCGCCUGACCCCCUCUUUGACCUUUAGAAAUAACUGAUGUGAGAAGCCAAAGUGUCUUAUAAUACCAGUCUUAAUAUCAAAGGUCAGUUAGUGUUUCCUCCAGAUCAGGUUCAGUGUUCUUGCCCUUAACACCAGUAUAGAUUCUUCACUUUUCAUACUAACUUAACUUUACAUUGUCUGCCUAUGGGGAUUACUUUUGUUUUCCAUUUAAGUCCUCCAUUAUUGUGUGUGUCAGAGCUUUCAUUGAUGUGGGAGUGCUAUGUUGAGGCCAUUUAGGUAUUUCUGUAAUGUUUAUCCUUGGUUUUCAAAGCUGGCUGCUAUUAUUCAAUUUUUAUCCUUGGCAUGGUUAGCAAUGGGAGGACUCUUGACAUUGAGUAUAAGGAUGAUGCCCCUGGCUCUAUUGAUGUACGGGCUGUUUCUGUCACCAGGACCCUACUACUACUACUAAUACUAAUACUACUAAUACUGUUACUACUACUACUAUUACUACUACUACUAUUACUCCUUUUGGCCUGUGACUGAAAUGGAGAGCAAAGAGUGCAUUUUUUAUUAUUAUUUUUUUUUUUAUAAUCUUUCAACCAUGUAUUAAUCUUAAGCUGCUUCUAGAUGUUUUAGGAAGAGAAAGGUUAUCAGCAAAAAGAGAAUUAUAUAUUAUUUCUCCGCUGCAUCCUUGGCAUAGCCCAUUACAUAUUGCAAGGUUUACAAAUUUAAAAAGUGUUGGGGUAUAAUUGGUGUAUAAAGGGGCUAUGAGAUCUAUUAUUUUGAGCCAUAUACUGUGUGUGUGUGUGUGUGUGUGUGUGUGUGUGUGUGUGUGUGUGUGUGUGUGUGUGUGUGUGUGUGUGUGUGUGUCAGAUUGUUGAGCAUUCUAAAUUUUGUAACGUUAAAUAAAUAAAAAAUCAAUUGAACCAAA